GGCAGCGUCUACGAGCGCCCAGGGCUGCCUCGUCGCUUCGCAAACGACCGCAGGGCUGCCUCGCGCUUCAUCGACGCCCAGGAGCACCGUACGAAUGCAGUUCGUCGGCGGCAACUUCACCCUGAAAAAGAACGGGCCCGAACUGGUAGAGGCGUGCAAAGUCGAUGAUGUGGAAACAGCCCGGGGCUGCCUCGAGCGCUGCCCCUACAGCAUCCACUUCAAGGAUGCGGAAGGCUUGACGCCGCUCCACGUCGCCGCCGCGCACGAUUCCAAAAAGUGCGUCGUGGCGCUCGUCGACUCCGCACCGGCCGUGCCGGCGCGCACCCCUUGUGGUGAUACUGCCCUACACACAGCAGCGCGCAGUGGCGCCCCGCAAGCAUCGGCCAUGCUCAUCGCGUCGCACGACUUCGCGCUCGACGCCCCAAACACCUGGGACGAGACGCCGCUGCAUUUGGCCGCGUCGAGCGGCAGCCUCGAGACGGUCAAAUAUUUUAUCGGGGCCGGCGCGGACAAAACAUUGCGGGACCACAUGAGGCGCACGCCCUACAACGUGGCCGAGGACCUGGGCUACGACGACGAGCUCCUCUCUCUAUUAGCCGUCGACGACGACGAGGAGCCGGUCACGUCGCGCGUCGAGCCGUCGGCGGCGCCCGCGCCGCCGCCGCCGCCCGAGCGCGCCGUCCCGACGAAGCCGCCGCCGGCGGGCGCCGCGGCGAACGUCGUGCGCGACCGGCGGAAGACGAAUAUUGCUGCUGCCAGAAAGGAGCUCGAGGAAGCGCUCGCACUCUAAGUUUGAUAUAAUGUUAAUCACAAAAUAGGCCGUCGCCGCGUCCAA